UGAAAGUGAACACUUGUUUCCUGGCUAUGCCUGUAUGCAAUAUCGGUACGGGAGAUAACCUCUUCUCCUGUCUGAACGAAGUGUUCCUCGAGAGGAACAUACCAUGGAGCAACGUGAUUGGGUACAGCUCCGACAACGCACCGGUCAUGAUCGGAAAAUCCAACUCUGUGCUCUCUCGCGUUUGAGAGAAGAACCCUGAUGUAAGGGGUAAGGAAGUUGGGUGUGCAGGUGGAGGAGGUGCUGCAGGACGUAUUCACGCACUUCCAACACAGUUCCAAGGGACGUCAGAUUCUCCAAGAAUUCCGGGACUUCACAAACACGGACAACUACAAGCUCGUUCGUCUUUGCAGCACCAGAUGGCUAUCAUUGCUGUCGUGCGUUGAGCGGUUCCUUCAGCAGUGGCCUGCGCUGACAGCUUACUUCCAGAGCCAUGAUGACGCUGAGAAACAUGGCAGCAGGGUGGCUGGCAUCGCCCAGAACCUGCAAGAUCCACUUCUGGCUCUGACUUCCGGUUUCUUGCGUUCAUCUUGGUCCCGUUGAAUAAGUUCAACACCCAGUUUCAGAACAGCGAUUCCAUGGUGGGCUACCACCACAGAGAGAUUGUUCUCGUCAUACGCACGUUCAUUGGGAAGUUCAUCAAGACGUCAGUCCUCAACAGCUUAAGUGACGUGACGAAAGUCGACUUCAGCUGCCGAGAGAUCCAACGUGACGACGAUCUCCUGGCAGUCUGCGUGGCAGCUCGUACCUACCUGGCGGAGAAUGAAGAUGUCCACCCAGAACUAGGAGCGAGUUUUUUCAGGAACGUUCGUGACUUCCAUGAGGAAAUGACCAGUAAGGUGAUCAGCAAAUUCCCAUUGACAGACGCCAUCUUGCAGUCUUCAACACCAAGAUUGUGAGUGAAAUGUGUGUUGCAGUGAAACACGUUUGUUUGUAACUGAUGUGACUCGUGACGUUCUGUAGUGUCCGGAUUUGAGUUGACGAUCUACUGUGUUUUUUUUUUUUUUUUUUUUAUGAUUGGUUAUUUGACAGUUACACUAACUAAAUAAAUGGAAAAUUAAUGACUUCUGUGUACGUAUGUAUGUAUUUUUAUAUGAAUGUAUGUUCUCAUUUCAUGAUUUGAUAUAAAUGUUAUAAAUGAAUAAAAAAGUAUCAACAA